AUGGGGGGUGGAGAAAGGUUCAACAUUCCAUCUACCCAGCCCAGAAAUACUUCGAAGAACCACCAACAACUGAACAACAGGAAAAAAAGCAAAGAUCAGAAUUCGCAGAUAAAGAAAAUCCACAAAAAAGAGAGGGGACAUGGAUGCAGCCCAUCAUCCGUAGCAUGGCAGGCCAUGCAGAAUGGGGGGAAGAAUACAAUGCACUUCCCAACUAACCAGACUUGGAGUCCAGCUUUAUCCCACUCCCUCUUCAUGCCUCAAACCAAUGAAAAUUAUGCUGGAGCAAAAUUCAGUGAGCCACCAUCGCCCAGUGUUCUUCCUAAACCACCAAGCCACUGGGUAACUGUUUCACUUGACCCUGCUGAUAAAGAAAUCAUGACUUUUCAACUUAAGACCUUGCUUAAAGUCCAGGCUUGA